AGCGUGAUUGAAUUAUACUGUGAAAGGAGUGGGGGGGGCUGUGUAUGUUUAUGGCAGGGUCGUAAAAUGCCCCCCCCCUCUCCUGGUCAGCGAAGGAAUACAUUGAAAAGAAAAUUGACUCAGGCCAAGCGUUUUGAAGUUAUCUAAAUGAAAAUAUUUUAAAGUGUAAUUGUGUUACUAUUCAAUACAAUGAUUAAGCAAUUACAAAUCAGGGCGUGAGAGAUGUUCUGAACCAGAUGUGUUCCUGUAUGUGGAUGGGAAAGGCGUUGCAUUUGCCGCCUCUGUUGGAUGUGUGAGAGAGAUGCGAAAUUAUGUCAGUUCAUUUUGAAGAAAGAAGUGGGAUUGUGCCCUGCAAGACCCCGUGGGGUGAAUGGUAUCAAACUAUGGAUGAAGUUUUUAUCGAUGUCCAUGUUCCAAUUGGAACAACUGCGAAAGACAUUAAAUGUAACCUGGGUAGUAAGGAGAUAGCUUUAUCUGUCAAGGGGACAAUCAUACUGAAGGGUAAACUUUAUGGUUCUACUGUUGCUGAUGAAGGAACCUGGACAUUAGAGGAUAAUAAGCAGGUGUCUAUAGUGCUGAUGAAAUGUAAUCGAGAAGCCGGGAACUGUUGGUCUUCGUUACUGGAAGGACAGUAUAAUGCUGACCCUUUAGUACAAGAUGAGAUGCAGAAGAAGCUCACACUGGAGAGGUUCCAAAGGGAGCAUCCUGGCUUUGACUUCAGUGGAGCUGACAUUUCUGGAAACUAUAGCGGUGGAGGUCCAGAUUUCUCAAAUUUGGGAAAGUGAAGACAACUCAAAGACAUGAGGAGUGUGAUUAUUUUCUGCAGGGCCAACAUGUGGGUAUUCAGAAGACCAGUGCAAAAGUCAGAUUGUUAUAGUGCCUGAAGGAGUUAAUGGCCCAGAAAUUGUUGAGAUAAAAAUGAUGUAUUUAGAACUGUUGUCCAUGCAAGAAAAGAUUCAUUAUUUGUAGGAGAUGGGGAUUGACUUAUGAAUUGCCAGAAAUGACUGAUUUGUGCUGCUUUGCUAUCAAUCUCAGGUCAUUAAGCUCUCAAUGAGGUUGAAGAAACUGUUGGAUUUGUGCUAUAAAUACAGAUUUUAAAAUGCCAAAGCAAAUUAAAGCUGCAGUGUAAGGAAUUUAUUAAAGGGGUAGUUAAUAGAACUGAAACAUCAUUCAGUCUUAGAAGACAAAAGAACAGUUUAAUUUCUUGUCUCACUCCUGCAGAUAAUUUGUCCCAAAAGUGGUCCAACUAUAAUUUUUUUUGAGGGAGUGAUAUGUUAAACAUCAAAAUAAUCAGAAAAGAGCGGUGGAAGCUUAUCACAUUUAGCUAACCCACAACAACAGAUUCAAUCCCCAUUGGCUAGGGAAGAUUCAGUGAAAGUUAUGAACUCCUUCCAUUUGGCCCUUUAUGUGUGGAUACAGCCAAGGAUAAGAGAGGGAAAACCAAAAUCACUGUUCCCACCAAUCAUAUCUGUUUGUUUUUCACUAAAUUUUCAUUGUUUGUGAUUAAUAGGCUUAUUGAUAUUGCAAAGCUAUAUUAUACAUAGCACUUUACAAACGAGAAAAUCUGCAGAUGCAGGAAAUCCAAGCAAUACACACAAAAUGCUGGAGGAACUGGACAAUAUCCAGGCUUGGGCUGAAAAAUGUCAAGUAACCUUUGAGCCACUCAAGUGCCAGGCAAUGAUCAUCUCCAACAAGAGAGCUCUAACUAUCAUCCCUUGAUAUUCAGUGGCAUCACCAUCACUAUAUCCCCUACUAUCAACAUCCUGGGGUUAAUCAUUGACAGGAAACUGAACUUGUCUAGCCACAUAAACACAGUGGCAACCAGAGCAGGUCAAAGACUUGGAAUCCUGUGGCAUGUAACUCACCUCCUGACUCCCCAAAGCUUGUCCACCAUGUACAAGGCUCAGAUCAGGAGUGUAAUGGAAUACUUGCCACUUGCCUGGAUGAAUGCAGCUCCAUCAACACUCAAGAGGCUUGAGACCAUCCAAUACAAGGCAGCCCACUUGAUUGGUACCCCUUUCAUGAGCAUCCAGUCCCUCCACUAUUGAUGAACAGUUGCAGCAGUCUGUACUGUCUACAAAAUGCACUGCAACAACACACCAAAGUUCUUAAGACAGCACCUUCCAGACUCACGACCACUACCAUCUAGAAGGAUAAGGACUGCAGAUACCUGAGACACCACCAGUUGGAAAUCCCCCGACAAGCCACUCACCGUCCUGACUUGGAAGCAUAUUGCUGUUCCUUCAUUGUCGCUGGGUCAAAAUCAUGGAAUUCCCUCCCUAACAGCACUGUGGGUGUGCAUACACCUCAGGGACUGCAGCAAUUCAAGAAGGUCAGCACCUUCUCAAGUGCAAGGAGUGAUCCAAUAAAUGCUGGCUUAGCUGGCGACACCCACAUCCCAUAAAUGAAUAAAUUUUUUGAAAAAGGAACUCAGCAGGCCAGGCAGCAUCCAUGGAAAGAAGUACAGUUGAAGUUUUAGGCUGAGACUUUUCGGCAGGACUGGAGAAAAAAAGAUGAAGAGUAGAUUUAGAAGGUGGAGGAAGGGAGAGAGAUGCACAAGGUGAUAGGUGAAUCUGGGAGGGGGAGGGAUGAAGUGAAAGAGCUGGGAAGUUGAUCGGUGACAGAAAUACGGGUCUAGAGAAGUUGGCCACUGGGAGGUGUUCCUGGUGUGGCCUCCUGUAUAUCGGUGAGACCCGACAUAGAUGGGGUCUACUUUGCUGAGCACCUACACUCUGUCUGUCAGAAGUGGAUCUCCCGGUGGCCACCCAUGUUAAUUCCACUUCCCAUUCCCAUUCUGAUAUGUCAAUCCAUGGCCUCCUCUCCUGUUGCGAUGAGACCUCACUCAGGUUGGAGGAACCUUGUAUUCCGUUCGGGUAGCCUCCAACUUGAUGGCACCAACAUUAAUUUCUUGAACUUCUGGUAAUGCCCUAACCGCUUCACCAUUCCCCAUCCCCUUUUCCCUCUCUCAUCUUAUCUCCUUUCCUGCCUAUCGCCUCCCUCCGAUGCUCCUUCCCCACCCUUUUCUUUCUUCCAUGGCCUUCUGUCCACUCCUAUCAGACUCCCCCUGUAUUUCUUUCACCAAUCAACUUCCCAGCUUUUUACUUCAUCCCUCCCCCUCCCAGUUUCAUCUAUCACCUUGUGUUUCUCUCUCUCCUCCCCUCCCCUCACCUUUUAACGCUACUCCUCAUCUUUUUUUCUCCAAUCCUGCUGAAGGGUCUCGGCUUGAAACGUCGACUGUAGCUUUUUCCAUAGUUGCUGCCUGGCUUGCUGAGUUCCUCCAGCAUUUUGUGCGUGUUGCUUAUUUCGCAGUUUAUAUUUGCCACUUACCUCUGAUUAUUUCAAGCUAAUCAAAGUCUAAAGGUAAUGUAAAAUUCCAAAAUAAGAUGCAGAAUAUGAGUUUCUCUAUCCAGCAACUUCUGGACCACUUGGUACAUUAAUGCAAUGUUUUUUAUUGCUUAAAAAUAAAAUACUUCACAUAUGGAAUUUGGUUUCUGUGCUAUGUUGUAUGGAUAGGUUGUGAAGGGCCUAUAUUGCAAGAUUAAAAUCAAAAUA